UGGCUCUUGGCAGCCUUAGCACGGGGCUGUGGGUGCCUGGAGGGCUGGGUGCCAGGGCUGGGUGACCCUGGAGAUGGGCUGAGCCCUGGAGUGGGGGAUGCUGUGCCUGGCAGGGACCGGCUGCUGCAUCCCUCACAGCACAAGGGGUGUCAUUGUUGUGCGAGGGGGCACGAUACCCUCCACCAUCGCACAGCCCCUGGGGCACAGGGUGGCUGCGGCAGCAUCUGCCAUCCUGCCAUGGUCCCCAAAGGCUCAGUGCUGGGUUGUCCACAGGCAUCACACCCCCAGAAUGAUGAUGGUGAUACCAGCCGGUGCAAGCCCCAUCGUGCUGGUGCUGCUGCUGUGCUGGAUGGUCCCCAGCAGGCAGGAGCCAGCCCUAGUGCAGCUGCGGCUGGCAGGGCCCCGGGGACCAGCUGGGGAGGGCCGGCUUGAGGUGUUGUACCAGGGGCGCUGGGGCACCGUCUGCGACGAUGGCUUCGACUUCCACGUGGCCACCGUUGCCUGCCGGCAGCUGGGCUAUGCUGCAGCUGUCACUUGGACCCAUAGUGCAACCUACGGCCAAGGGGAAGGACCCAUCUGGCUGGACAAUGUGCGGUGUGGGGGCAGCGAGGGCUCCCUGGCAGAAUGCAUCCACAACGGCUGGGGCACCAGCGACUGCCACCACGGCGAGGAUGCUGGUGUGGUGUGCUCAGGACAGCGCCUGUGGAGCAGCUCCCCCCAGGCCACAACCUCUGGUCACCUAGGAGAUGUGCCUGCGCUGAGCCUGGAGGAGGUGCGACUCAAGCCCAUUCUUGCGCGGGCCAAGCUGAGCAUGCCAGUGACAGAAGGUGCUGUGGAAGUGAAACACAAUGGGCGCUGGAGGCAGGUGUGCGACGCUGGCUGGACCAGAAACAACAGCCGUGUGGUCUGCGGGAUGCUGGGCUUCCCCCGGGAGAAGCACAUCAACACCAGCUUCUACCGGAAGCUCUGGAACAUGAAGCUGAAGGACCCCAACUCCAGCCUGAAGACCCUCAGCCAGAAGAACAGCUUCUGGGUCCACAGGGUGCGGUGCCAGGGUGUGGAGCCCCACCUAGCUCGCUGCCCCACACAGGUGGCCCCGACGGCCCCCCGCCAGCAUGCGUGCCCCCGUGGCAUGCAUGCUAUUGUCAGCUGCCUCCCUGGUCCUGCCUUCCAGAAGGGCACAGGCAAGGGCAGGAGCAAGACCUCCCCAGGAAAGGUGCUCCCAGUGCGGCUGCGAGCGGGCACUCAUGCCGGUGAGGGCCGAGUGGAAGUGCUGCGCCAUGGGCAGUGGGGCACCGUGUGUGACAAGCAGUGGGACCUGGCUGCGGCCAGUGUGGUGUGCCGGCAGCUGGGCUAUGGGACUGCAAAGCAGGCCCUGGUGGGAGCCCGGAUGGGCCAAGGCCUGGGGCCCAUCCAUAUGAGUGAGGUGCGGUGCACUGGCCACGAGCGCUCCCUGGGUGAAUGCCGCUUCCAGGAUCCGAAGCAGAGUGGGUGCCAGCACGAGGAUGAUGCUGCUGUCCGCUGCCACAUGCCGCACACAGACUUCCAGAACCAGGUGCGGCUGGCGGGGGGCCGUAGCCCCGAGGAGGGUGUGGUGGAGGUGCUGGUGCCAGUGCAGGGGCGGUUGCAGUGGGGCGCAGUGUGCGGCGCACAGUGGGGGCUGAACGAGGCGAUGGUUGUCUGCAGGCAGCUGGGACUGGGCUUUGCCAGCCAUGCCCUCCAGGAGACAUGGUACUGGGCAGGCAGCCCCGAUGCCGCCCAGGUGGUGAUGAGCGGGGUGCGCUGUGCCGGCACCGAGCUGGCCCUCCAGCAGUGCCAGCGCCACGGCCCCGUCCACUGCCCCAGCGGCGGGGGACGCUUCUCGGCGGGGGUCACCUGCACUGCCCAUGCCCCAGACCUGGUGAUGAAUGCCCAGCUGGUGCAGGAGACAGCCUACCUGGAGGAUCGGCCACUGGAGCUGCUGUACUGUGCCCAUGAGGAGCGCUGCCUCUCCCGCUCCGCUGACCACAUGCAGUGGCCUUAUGGCCACCGCCGCCUCCUCCGCUUCUCCUCCCAGAUCCACAACCUCGGCAGAGCUGAUUUCCGACCCAGGAUGGGGCGCCAUGCCUGGACCUGGCACCAGUGCCACCGGCACUUCCACAGCAUUGAGGUCUUCACGCAUUAUGACCUGCUGACGCUCAACGGCUCCAAGGUGGCCGAAGGGCACAAAGCCAGCUUUUGCCUGGAGGACACCAACUGCCCUGAAGGGCUGCAGCGACGCUUUGCCUGUGCCAACUUUGGGGAGCAGGGGGUAAGUGUGGGGUGCUGGGACACCUACCGCCAUGACAUUGACUGCCAGUGGAUCGACAUCACCGAUGUGCCACCGGGCAGCUACACCUUCCAGGUGGUUGUGAACCCCAAACACGAGGUGGCUGAGUCAGACUUCUCUAACAACGUGAUGCGGUGCCAGUGCAAGUACGAUGGGCAGCGCGUCUGGAUGCACGGCUGCCAUACAAGUGAUGCCUAUGGUGCUGAUGUGGUCAAUGAUCUGGAGCGAUGGGAGCGCCUGGCCAACAACCUCGUGUGACCCCUCUGGCACCGGCACACUCCCAGCAGCACCAUGAGGCAGCCCGGCUACCACACCCCGGCCCCUGCACCCCGGCAGCACCAGACUGAGCUCAGGGACUCAAAGACUUUUGUAUUUAUUGAUGCUGCUGCAGAGGAUGGCAAUAAGUGCCAGGGCCCGUGGGGAAUGCCUGGUGCCUCCAGCCCCACAUGGCUGGCAGGACCUGCGAGAGGAGCCCGAGUACCACAGCAGCCCCCAUUUCGGUGGCUCCGGUGCCCCCAGCAUGACUACCUCAGCCUGCCCACCCAGCCCCUUUACCCCCGCAGGCUCAGGACAGGUCCCAGCCGCUGCCACCUGUGCACCAGUCCUGUCCUCAAUAAAGGUGCUGUGCGAUGGGAGAGGGGUGAAGUGCUAUUGGAGAGGAGGUACCCGUUUAUCAAUGCCACCCCCAUCUCUUUGCCCUGCUCUUUUCCCCACCAGGAGCACAAAGCCAUUCCCUGGCCAGGAACAAUCCUGGUCUCAGCAACGUGCCCCUGGCCGGGCUGUGCCAUCCCCCUGCUGCCACUUAGGGCCACCAGCUCCCCAGCUGGCUGACUGUGGCUGAUGCCAAGUGGCUCCAGCUCACCACCAGUGGCCAGUGGUCCCUGCUGGCCAGGGCAGCCUGGCCCUGAACUGGCUGACCCCAUGAGCCAAAAGAGACCGAGGCAGCUCUGUAGCAUCGCGGGCUGGCAGCCAGGCCACUGGCCGCCGCAGCUGCAGCCACCUUGCUGGGCUUUCCCAGGCUGCCCUGGCAGUUUCCCAGCCCUCAGAGCAGGGAUGGGGCCACUCUGUCCCUUGA